AUGAUGAACUCAACACAGGUUUCGUAUUUUAUCCUAGGAGCAUAUUUUGACACCAGGCCAUUUAAAUACCUAUUUUUCAUCAUUGUCCUGUGUCUGUAUGUUCUGAUCGUUGGUUCUAAUGUUCUGCUGAUCGUGGUGAUCUGUGUGAACAGGAGCUUACAUGAACCUAUGUACAUGUUUCUGUGCAGCCUGUUUGUGAAUGAACUGUAUGGUAGCUUAGGCUUGUUUCCCUUCCUGCUGGUUCAGAUCCUCUCAGAUGUUCACACAGUUUCUGUCACGUUUUGUUUCACUCAGAUUUACUGUCUUCAUUCUUACCUUACUAUAGAGUUUUACAACCUGACUGCCAUGUCUUAUGAUAGAUAUGUGUCCAUCUGCCAUCCUCUGCAAUAUCACCAACUAAUGACAGCUAAGAUAACUGUGUAUCUGAUAGCAACAUUGUGGGUAUUUUCUUUUUUGGGGAUUUGUGUCACAACAUCUUUGAGUUUCUCUUUGCAGCUCUGCAGUAACUUCAUUAAUAAAGUGUACUGUAACAACUACUCUAUAGUUAAACUUGCCUGUUCUGACACAACAGUCAAUAACAUCUAUGGACUUGUUGCCUCUGCUCUCACCACCUUCCUCACAGUUGUUUUAAUUAUCUACACCUGCUUGAAGAUCCUUAAGGAGUGCUACUCUGGAUCCAAACAGACCCGACAGAAAGCAAUCAUUACCUGCACACCCCACCUGGCCUCUCUUCUCAACUACACAUUUGGAGUUUGUUUUGAAAUUGUGCAGAGCAGGUUAAAUAUGGACCAUGUUCCAAAUAUGAUGAGAAUAUUUUUAUCAGUGUACUUUCUGACAUGUCAGCCGCUCUUUAACCCUGUGAUGUACGGAUUGAACCUUUCCAAAAUACGUCAAAUCUGGAAAAGAACGUUUUCUAUCCAGAGGAGAUAUUCUGAUCAGUUUGUUCCUGUCGAUUUAAAUAAACAGCAAGUUUUAUAA